AUGACGCUAAAGUGGCCAGCUCCGAAUUGGCGCCUCAGGCACGAAAAACCCAAUCCCCGGCUUGACCCGGCUGGAGGCUCGCGCGCAUCAUUGGCAUCCAGUAGCCUUCGCGACAUUUCCAACCUCGCCGACGACACUUCACAAGCAGAGCAGACACACUCUACAGGUCGCAACGCACACAACAUGUUUCCCACUCAGAUCCGCCGGGCAGAGCCCUUCCCUCAGUACAGGAGCCCCUACGGCCCCAAGUACGGCUUCCAGCCUCACGUUGCAGGCGUGACUGGCAAGCAGUUCAUCACUUUCGGCACGAAGGCUGCAGGACUCGGCGGUGUUGCGCUGUUUGCGGUCAUCUUCUAUGCUUCCGGCAUCCCUAGGGUACAGCGUGAUAUCCUUCAGAGAGUGCCUUUCCUCGGCAGCUACUUCAUCAACGAGAUCCCCCCAGAGGACAACGACGAAGUCUUCCAUAUCCCCCAGGCGCAGAAGUACUGCCAGGCAAAAUGGCUUGAGUGGGAUGACAAGAUCACCACACCCCCUGGGCUGUAUGCCGUCAGCGUGCUGAUCCACAGAGCCCUGUGGUUUAUGAAUGGGAAAUGCUCUGAGACCAGCCUACGGAUGACAAACUGGGUCGCCAUAAUCAUCCUCACUUUUACAGCAGUGGACUGUCGAAGGCUGGUCGAGAAGAGGCUUGCCGAACGGAGCGAGGCUCGCCCCCGGACGUCCUCUCUCAGCUUCCACGCCAUCCACACGGGCAUGAAUAUUGGCCUUUUCCCGCUCCUGUUCUUCUUCUCGGCAUUGUACUACACCGAUGUCUUUUCUACGCUGAUGGUGCUCUUCGCCUUUCAGAACCACUUGGAGCGAGUCGGCCCGGAAGCAAAAUCAUGGUGGAACGACUUCUUCGUGAUUUUCCUCGGUGUUGCCGCUCUCUUUAUGAGGCAGACCAAUGUGUUCUGGGUUGUUGUCUUCAUGGGUGGGCUGGAAGCUGUCGAGGCUGCCAAGGCUGUGCCUGAUGUCAGGCCUCAGCCACCAGGCCAAGGAGACUCGAUGGCAAACAUUAAAUACUUUGCUUGGAGAUCUUCCUUGGGCGAUAUUCAUGACCCUGCGUUGAAUCAGGCGUCUCUGGAUGAUGCCCUCUAUUGCGUUGUGAGCAUUGCUAUUGCAGUCAUCUGCAACCCUCUCCGGGUCGCAAAGCAGGUCUGGGCCCAUAUUGCUGUCAUGGCACUCUUCGUCGCAUUUGUGCUCUGGAACGGCAGCGUUGUGCUCGGGGCCACGCAGAAGGCGGCUGAGGCACAACAAACGCAGAAAUGGUACGCCAUAUACUUGAGCAUCGCUGGCUACAUCUCUCUGACCUUGGCGGCCCUGGCCAUUGUUCACUUCAAUACUAUCAUCCACCCUUUCACUCUGGCGGACAACAGGCACUACAUGUUUUACGUGUUCCGCUACACCAUCCUUCGAAGUAAGUGGGUUCGCUAUGCGCUCGUCCCGGUUUAUGUCCUCUGCUGGAACAUCUGUUGGAAUGCGCUCGGUGGUUCUCGGCCGACACAAGAUACCGCGGAUGCCGCAAGAAAGGACGCAAAAAAGCAGGCAAACAGCUCCCACAAGAAAAGUGUUCAGAUCAAGGACACAGAUGCCAUUCUCCCUGUCGAGACCCCGACCCUGUCGACAGCUCUCCUCUGGCUCGCAGCCACGGCGCUCUCCCUGAUCACCGCGCCGCUCGUCGAGCCGCGGUACUUCAUCAUGCCGUGGGUAUUCUGGCGGCUACUCGUCCCCGCAUGGCCCGCCAACACGCCGAUAAUGCCUUCGAAGAAGAGCGAGAGUAGCCCGGGUCGCCUGGGCUGGAUUUUGUCGCUGGGGCAAAGAUUCGAUCUCCGCUUGUUCGUGGAGACGGCCUGGUUCCUAGCAGUCCACCUGGCCACGGCGUACAUGUUCACCGCUAGGCCGUAUUACUGGAGGGCCGAGGAUGGCACGCUCCUCGAUGGCGGCCGGGUGCAGAGGUUCAUGUGGUAG